AUGGAUCCGAACAGCAGAAGUGUAGACACCAAUCAUGCCAACUCGUUUGAGUUACGGGAUAAAUCGGAUCUACCUGCUGCAGACAAGAUUGCCGACCCACGCGAGCGAUCAGGCUCGUUGUGGACGACUAGAAGUACGGUGGUUACAACUGAGAGACCCAUCUAUCGCACCCGAUCCAUCCGGCAAAAGUAUGUCAAGGACACACUACGGACCAAGGUCAAGGAUUCGUUGAAGUGUGACAGACAGAAGUGGAAGAAUGCUGCCCUCAGUGUCUUCCCUUUCAUCCGCAUCAUGAGAAAGUACCAGUGGAAGAGCGACCUUCCAGGUGAUAUCACUUCCGGUCUGACAGUGGGCAUUAUGCAACUACCACAGGGGAUGGCCUAUGCGAUGUUGGCGGACCUUCCUCCUGUUGUUGGCCUCUACGUGUCGUUUUUCCCCGUCAUCAUCUACUUCCUCUUCGGCACCUCCAAGCAGACAUCCAUGGGCACUGUCGCAGUUGUUAGUCUUAUGACUGGUGGUGUAGUUGCUGGGCAGGCUACUUGGUGGCGGAAGGAGCAUGGGCUCGAUGAUUUAGCAGCUAGUGGAAAUAUGACUCUAGAAUGGAGUGAACAAGAAAUGAUUUUCAAGAUAUCUAUAGGUGCCUCUGUGGCCUUUGUGACAGGUCUAGUACAGAUUGCCUUAGGACUGUUACACGUGGGCUUUGUAACCACUUACAUGGGCGACUCGUUGGUCAGCGGGUUCACCACAGGAGCCGCCCUGCACGUGUUCACUAGCCAGGUGAAGUACGUCUUUGGGAUCUCCAUACCCCGGUUCCCGAACAUGUUUCAGAUUAUCAAUACAUACAUAGCCAUCAUCGGGAAGCUGACGGAAACCAACAUAGCUACCCUGGUGUUGUCCGUAAUUUGUAUGGUAGUUCUGUACCUGGUCAAGACGCAAAUCAACGACAGGUUCAAGAGCAAGCUCAAGAUGCCUGUGCCAGUAGAGUUGCUGGUGGUUGUCGUGAGCACGCUGGCGUGUCAUUAUGGCGAGUUCAAGAAACGGUGGCAUGUCAAGGUCGUGGGUGAGAUCCCGGCUGGACUACCAAAGCCACAGUUUCCCGCCUUCACCAAUCUCUCUGACUACGGCGCUGACUGUAUCAUCAUUGCUGUGGUUGCAUUCGCUCAGUCUGUCUCCUUAGCUGUGCUCAUGGCCAAGAAACACCACUAUGAUAUUGAUUCUAAUAAGGAACUUAUCGGCUAUGGGAUGGGAACCCUUGUUGGAUCUUUCUUCUCCUGUUAUCCAAUUGCCGCUUCUGUCUCUCGCAGCUCGGUCCAGGAUUCCACAGGUGGUAAAACUCAGAUUUCCAGCUUGGUGUCGGCCACAUUGGUUCUCAUUGUGAUUCUCUUCAUUGGACCAUUGUUUGAAAAUUUGCCUAAUUGUGCUCUAUCAGCCAUCAUUAUGGUGGCACUAAAGAGCAUGUUCAUGCAAAUUCUAGAGCUGAAGACACUGUAUAAAGUCUCCAAGUUUGACUUCGCCAUCUGGAUUGUGACCUUCCUUUGUGUGGUCAUCUUGCAUGUAGACAUGGGCCUUGUUGCCGGUAUUGUCUUUGCUUGCUUCACGGUUGUCAUCCGGUCACAAGUUGCGAAAGUGACCACUCUGGAGAAAUUGGCAGACAUGGAUGAAUACAGACCUACCUCACUCUACUCCAAGACAGAACCUAGUCCACGUAUACGUAUUGUCUCGUACAAUGCACCUCUGUACUAUGCGAAUUCCGAGCUGUUCCUGAAACAUGUACACCAGGAGACAACCGUGAAACCUGAAAAAAUGAGGAAAGUGCUCAAGAGAUUGACGACCCUUAAUGACCCCAUGCAC